AGAGAAAAACUACUAAAAUUCUUCUCUUUCUUUUCUACUAAUCCGUCGAGAGUGAUGCAAGAAAUAUUAUAUGGACCUAUUGUAAUGCAUAAUUCAUUUAAAUUAACUAUAAAGAAACUAAUAAACUCCCCGUAAUGGUUUACAUACACGGUGAAUCGUACGAAUGGAAUUCUGGCAAUCCAUAUGAUGGUAGUGUACUGGCAAGCUAUGGGCUGGUAGUGGUUGUCACCAUAAACUACAGACUUGGAGUGUUAGGAUUUCUUCCUUCGUUGGAUAAUUCUGCGCGGGGUAAUUAUGGUUUGAUGGAUCAAGUGGCCGCUCUUCAUUGGAUACAAGAGAAUAUUGGAGGUUUCGGUGGGGAUCCUCGAAAUGUUACGGUUUUUGGACAUGAUUAUGGAGCAGCCUGCACUAACUUUUUAAUGAUUUCUCCUAUGGCCAGAGGCCUCUUUAAUCGCGCCAUUCUACAGAGUGGAUCAGCAUUGAGUUCUUGGGCCAUAGCAAAUGAUGCCAUUUCAUACACUCAUCACUUAGCCAAUCGGUUAGCUUGUCCAACUAAAAACAAUGUUCUUUUGGUAGAAUGUAUGAGGCAACGACCUCUUUCCGACAUCAUUCGAGCUCAACCUAAGCCCCCUAUUCACGGACCAGUCUUUGGACCAACAGUAGACGGUAUUGUUAUUCCAUCAUCUCCAUCUUUACUCAUGGAUAACUCCACUGAUCUUUACGGACAUUACGAUAUGCUUUUUGGCAUAACCAGGACCGAAUUCUAUCACGAUUUUUCAGCGGAAGAAGAAAAGUCGGGCAUAGAUCGAGAUAGAAGGGAUAGUUUUAUUUUAUCUUUACUUCGUACCCUUUAUUCUUCACGUCUUCAAGAGAUAUUUCUCAUAACAGUGAGUGAAUAUACGGACUGGACAAGACCCACGCAACAUCCAGUCAAUAUGAUGGAAUCAACUGCUGAUAUUUUAGGGGAUGCAUUAUUCGUGGCACCCAUUGUUAGGGCAGGAAUGUUUCAUUCUACAGUCAGAUCUCAGUCUUAUCUCUACGUCUUUACAUACCAGACAGAAAGUGGGGAAUUUUCCCAAAGACUCGGAUGCAUUCACGGAGAAGAACUUCCAUAUGUCUUCGGUGUGCCUUUGGUUGGCACUCUAGCCCAUUUUUCUGGCAAUUAUACUCGUUCUGAAAUCUCUUUAGCCGAAGCGGUUAUGACGUUUUGGACAAAUUUUGUCAAAACUGGGUAAAUACCAUUAUUACAAUUUCAAAUUUUCUGUUUGAUAAAUUUAUAAAAAUAUAUUUUCUAUAAAUAAAACAUUUUAUUUCAAUUUUAUUUAAGUUUCAAAUAUAUUUAUUCUCGAACAUAAACCGCAUCCGUAAUGCAACCAUACAA